AUGGGGUCGAAAGCGAUGGGUCCGCGCGUGGGGCGGCGCGCGACGACGCUUCCCGUCUUGGUGGCGUUCCUGGCGCUCGCGGUCACCUCCGCCGGGUCGGCGUGGGCGGACGGGUGGCCGCUCGACGGGGGACGGCACGGUGCCAUCGACCCAGCGCCCGUGCGACUUCGCGGGACGUUGGAAGCGCAAGACGAGCCCCCGCUGCCGCCCGAGGGGACAAAGUACAUCGUGCUGACGUCAGAAUCCAACCUGGGCGAUCCCGACGCGCUCCUGCCCCUGGUGCUGUCCUUCCGAAAGCAUCACGACGAUGCCACCGGCAAGGUUGUCUUGCUCUCCACCGCGAGCAGGGCGAAGGACCGGACCAAGUGGACCCAAUGGGCGGACACGCACGGGGUAAUCGUCGGGUUCGUCAAGCCCCCGCACAAGCAGAUAGUCAUCGGGCGCUUCUUCGCGUACCACGCGUACGUCAAGAGGCUGUCGACGCAAAGGCCGGAGGUGACCGCGGUGGCCAUGAUGGACGCCACCGACGUUUUGUUCCAGUCGGAGCUCAUGUCGCGGGUGCCCUCGGACUACGUGGCGUACGUGCUCGAACCGUCACACACGGCCAUCGGCCAGUGCCCGGUGCACAAGCGGUGGAUCGAGGGAUGUCCCAAGUACGGCCGCAAGGUGUGGCAUCGCGUGUCUCAAAAGCCGCGCGUCUGCGCGGGAACCGUCUUGGGCGGAACGGCGCCGGUGGAAAAGUUUCUCGCGGCGUUCACCGCCGAGAUGACCCGCACCGACUUUUGCAACGACCAAGGGGUGCUGAACGUGAUGGUGCACACGGGCGCGUUGGGUGAGUCACCGACGCUGUGGUCGCACGAGGACGGGCCGGUGUUGAGCCUCAACACGGCCAAGGAGAAGGACGACGCCCAUCGUGCGCGAACCGCGCCGGUUUUACACUUUGGCCACUCGAGCGCGUGGGCCUCGCGGUACCUCGGUCGAGCGGGCGACACGCUCGCGUCCGAGUGGCGCCGCGAGGGGGAACAAAAGCAAGAGGUGGGUGAUGAUGAUGUCGUGGUCGUCGAGACGACGCCGGCGGCGAAUGAUGGAGACGCAAACAAUCGGGAAGGCGUCGGCAAAAUCAUCAAUCUUUCCGUCGCUUUUUACGUCGAGGCCAAACCUAACGAUCCCCGCGUCGCGGUGGAUGCGCUCAAAUCCAUCCGCCGCCACCACCCGACCGCGCCCGUGCUACUUGUCGGUCCCCCCGGGGACGACUACACCGUGCUGUGCAGGUAUUACGUGUGUUACGCGGAGGUUUGGGAACGCGGGAAGGAGCGGGAGCGCGGCGCCGGCGCGUUGGGACGAGGGGGGCGCCUUGGGGGGGGCGGAGUCGGAGAGUUGGAAUCUCCGGCGGGAUCGCUCGGCGGGUCAGGGUCACCGCCUCGCGGCGCGGGCACCGCGGUGAAGGGCGCCACGUCGUCCAUCUCGGGAGACGGCGGCGAGUGGGGCGAGGAGCGCCAAGGCUCGGGCUUCACGGAUGGCGGCGGCCCGCCGGAGAUUUGCGGCUCCGGGAGAGCGAGCGAGUUUGUCGGCACGAUUCGAUCCAUCGCGCGGUGGGCGGAGGGUAAAGGAGCGGAGUGGCUCGUGAUGAUCGACCCGGCGACCAGGAUCGACGCGGCGGUGACGCGCCCCCCCAUAUCCGACGCCAACGGCGCGGAGGACGAGCACUGGACCAAACCCUUGGCAUCGAAACUCCUCGCCAAGGCGAAGGAGAUCACGGGGAUCGACCCGGCGUACAGGCACUCCGGCCUUUGCGGCGGCAGCGCCCUUCGGGUGAAGGCGCUCACGCGAGGCAGACUGCCGAAGCUGUCGAGCCUGAAGGGACUGGACGAUAGGGUGGACUGGUGGCACGACGUGGCGCUGGCGACCUACUUCUUCAUGAACGGGUACGCUAUCGCGCCGUGGGGCGACCUGAGGGAGAACGGUCACCCCGGCCCGGCUCACGGACCGACCGCGUUCGAACGCGUCGCGAACGGGGACGGCGGCACCGCGGGCCUCGUCCCGCUCGAGGGCGCCGACAGGUUUUUGUUCCGCAGGGUCGAACCGCGCGUCCACGCCGGUCACGUCCCCGCGGGAAGUGACGUGUUCGACCCGUCAGCCGCGUCACGCGUCACGGAAUCGGACGCGCUGGCGGGACUCGACCCGCGAACGUCGGCGACGGGGACGUCGUCGCUGUUCCAGGACCUCGCCGCGAUCGACCUGUUCGCGGAGGCGCUCCCGUGGGACUCUGGCGACGACGAAUCAGCGGCCGACGGAUCAGCCGUCCACGGAGGCGUCGCCGCGGAGCUCGGACUGGAGCCGUUCAGAGUCAGGCUCGCCGACGUGGACGAGAACGGUCGGUCCACCGCACCUACCGUCGCACCUACCGAGCUCCAUCGGCCGCCACCCGCGACGGAUCCGAACGGCGCGGACGGCGGGUACUUUUUCGUGGCGUUGGGACCCGAGUACGUCGAGGAGGCGGCGAGGUUGGUCAAGACUCUCCGGACAGCGGGGAGGGACGCGAGGCCCGCCGCGGUUCUCGUCCGUCGAACCGACGAAUCGUACGCGAGCUCCACCGGGGUUUUCCACCGCGUGGUGACCUACGACCCGGCGAGGUUCGAGGACGACGGCCUGGACGCGCUCGCGGGGACCAACCACGAGCGGGGGAACAUCCUGCCGAGGCUGAGGGCGAUUGAUUUAUCGCCCUACGACGAGUUUGCGUUUGUGGACACGGACGUGCUCUGCUCCGCGCCCGUGGACGCGGCGUGGGCCGCGCUGCGAGCCGCGAACCAGGCCGUCGCCGCGCCCGGCCUCGCGCGCGACUGCAACUGGCACUUCGGCCGGGUGUGCGAGAUCAGCGAGGCACUGGGACUGAAGCCGCAGCUGCCGCACGUUCACGCGGGUGUCUUUUACGUGAACCGAUUGAAAGAUCCGGCGGCGCUGCGUCGGUUCAUGGGCUUCGCCGUGGAGGCGUUCGAGCGUUACGACGAACUCGGGUUCGCGCGGUUAUUCAGGGAGGAGAGCAGGGUGCUGGAGAUUUGUCUCAGCUACGCGCACCACAAGCUGGGGUACCAACCGGUGGACUUUUAUCGCAGUCCCGUGAUCAACUUCAACGUGCCGAGGGAGGAGAAGCUGCCGACGAGUUGGCAGAGGCUCGGGGACGGGUACAAGGACAGGAGGUCGAAGGGCGGUGAGCCGUACCCGCUGACGCACUACUUCGUAAAGGCGGGUCACAAGGAUGACUACGACGCCCAAUACAAGGCGCUCACCGCGGAUAGACUAGACUAA